UCCCAGCGUUGUAGCGAUUCGCUUUCCGACUCUCACCGCCUCCGUUCCGAAAACGACGACCAGUGCCUCGCUCGAGCUCGAGAAGAGAAAGAACACAAGCGCAUACCUUUCAUCCUCCCACAAAGCAUCCUCAUAGAUUGUUUGCCAUGCCUACUCGAAGCAUCAAUCCGUUCGCGACCGCCUCCCCUUCCCCCUCUCCCUCCCUCGAUGCUCUGAACGAGAAGAGGGAGCAGCCGCGACGUACGUCUUUCACCAGAGGAAACAAGUUCACAUCGCUGUUUGGCGGCAAUUCGCCCAGGACACGGAGCGAGGCUGCUGCCCUGCGAGACGCCCUCGUAGCCCAGCAGCAGGCCCUCCUCGAUUCGCCGUCGCCUUUACAGCAGAUCAAUUCAGCGUCCAUUUCCCUGCCGGCUAUCAAUCUCACCACCGCGACCGGUGAGAAGAUGCCAAGCGAGCAGAAGACCCUGUUUCAGCCCCCUGACCCCGAGGAAGCGCGACGAAUCGCCAGAGCAAAUGCACAAUUCGGACCCAUCGGCUCGCAGAGCCACCGCUGUACGAGCCAGGCUGAGGGAGAGUUUGGAGAUCCGAUAGAAGACGAGCCACCCUAUUACUUCCUACUUACGACCUACAUCAGCUAUCUAAUCUUAAUCGUAUUCGGACAUGUUCGAGAUUUCUUCGGCAAGCGCUUCAGACGGCAACACUACAGCCACCUGAAGGAGAGGGACGGAUACGCUCCUUUGAACAGCGAUUUCGACAAUUUUUACACGCGGAGAUUGAAAAUAAGAAUCAACGACUGCUUUUCACGACCCACGACCGGCGUUCCUGGACGAUACAUCACGCUGCUCGACCGCAAGUCGAGCGAUGGAAACAACACUUUCAAGCUCCUCGGGACCACCACCGAGACCCUCAACAUGAGCUCAUACAAUUACCUUGGAUUUGCCCAGUCCGAGGGGCCUUGUGCCGACGCGGCAGAGCAGGCAAUUCGGAAGUACGGCGUCACUAUGGCUAGCCCUCGAGCAGACGCUGGAACGUCUGAACUGACGGUUGAGGUCGAAGAUCUGAUUGCGAGGUUUGUUGGCAAGCCCGCAUCUAUGGUUUUCUCUAUGGGUUUCGUGACGAACGCUACAUCUUUCUCGACCUUGGUUGGAAAGGGCUGCCUCAUGCUUUCUGACGAGCUCAAUCACUCCUCCAUCCGGUUCGGCGCUCGUCUUUCUGGAGCUAUGAUCAGGAUGUUCAAGCACAAUGACAUGAGAGAUCUGGAACGAAUACUGCGCGAAGCUAUCUCACAGGGCCAGCCACGCACCCAUCGCCCGUGGAAGAAGAUCCUAGUUACCGUCGAAGGCCUGUACUCCAUGGAAGGAACAAUGUGCAAUCUGCCCGCCUUGGUAGAGCUCAAGAAGAAGUACAAGUUCAAUCUUUUCGUCGACGAGGCACACUCGAUUGGUGCAGUCGGCCCCCGAGGACGCGGCGUCUGCGACUACUUCGGCAUCGAUCCUUCCGAAGUCGACAUCCUGAUGGGCACACUUACAAAGUCUUUCGGUGCAAACGGAGGAUACAUUGCUGCAGAUAAGUCCAUAAUCGACAAGCUCAGGACGCAGAACGCCGCCAUGCUGUUUGCCGAAUCACCGUUCCCGCCAGUCCUUGUCCAGAUUGCUUCCGCGCUACGCAUCAUCAGCGGUGAAAUCGUUCCCGGUCAGGGCGAGGAACGUCUCCAACGGCUGGCUUUCAACUCGCGGUAUCUCCGGCUGGGCCUGAAGAGGUUAGGUUAUAUUGUCUAUGGUCACGACGAUUCACCCAUCAUCCCGGUCAUGCUCUACAACCCAGCCAAAAUGCCCGCCUUCUCCCAUGAAAUGCUGAAGCGCAAGAUCUCCGUCGUGGUCGUUGGAUACCCCGCUACACCUCUCGUCUCCUCAAGAGCACGCUUCUGUAUCUCGGCCGCGCACACGAAGGAAGAUCUGGACCGUAUGCUCGCGGCGUGCGACGAGGUGGGCGACUUGCUUCAGCUCAAGUUCAGCAGUGGUGUCGCUGGUGGCGCGGACCCAGAGGAGCUCGCUGUGCAAUGGAAGGAUUGCGUCGACGAGCAACAUGUCAUCAAGCCGCCCAGGUGGAGGCUCGAAGACGUAAUUAAGAGGGGUGUAGAGGACGUCCAGUACCCGCUGCGGUAGCGGGCUGACCCGGCUGAACUGAGCUGAGGCACGUGACAGGGCGUUGUAGGAAGCGGGGCGGAGGCGUCAGACCGGCAAAAGUGAGGCGGGCUACCCUAAUGUACCGCGUUCUUCACACCCUCGUGUUGCAAUAAUCGCGCGAUU